AUGGCAAGAGGAGAUGGCCUCGUUGCAGCACGCCACCUAGUACAUUAUGGCUACAAGCCAUCCGUCUACUACCCAAAGCAGGGCAAGAACGAAUUAUAUGAGCGCCUCAAAACCCAACUCACAAACCUCAAUGUCCCCUUUGUUCCCGACUUCACCGAAGCCCUCAAGUCCGCCGACCUGCUCGUCGAUGCAAUUUUCGGAUUCUCAUUCCAGAAGCCCCUCCGAGAACCAUUCCCGUCUAUCAUCAGUCAAAUGGAAGAGACUAGGUUACCGGUGCUCAGUGUUGAUGCCCCCAGUUCGUGGGAUAUCCAGGAAGGUCCGCCCAAGGAAGGGCCAGGUGCAAAGUUUAUGCCGGGAGCGUUGAUUAGUCUUACUGCUCCAAAGCCAUGCGUCAAAUGGUAUCGGGGCCAACAUUUUGUUGGUGGCAGGUUUUUGACCAGGUCGAUUGCGGAUAAAUAUAACAUUGAUGUCCCUGACUAUCCGGGUGUUGACCAAUUUAUUGAAGUUGGUGUUGAUGCUGAUGAGAAGCUUUGA